CCCUGGGGUACGAGUCAUACCCAGGAGUACGAGUCAUACCAUGGGGUACGAGUCAUACCCUGGGGCACGAGUCAUACCCAGGGGUACAAAUCAUACCCAGGGGUACGACUUCAGGGUCUGUUUGCUGAACAAGUGCCACAGAAACCUGCUGAAUGAUAACAUAUUUAUAUAUUUUCUCCCUCCAGGAGUCCCGGCCAUCAUCAUGGCGGUCACUUUGGGCACCACCUACAGGCCAGAUAACCCUCUGGGAUACAGACAGGAGGAAUUCUGCUGGCUGGCGGCUGUGGAUAAGAAGAAGCAGUUUGACUUCAGGAAACCCAUGUUCUGGGCCUUCUUGCUUCCUGUGGCUCUGAUUUUAAUCUACAACGUGGCUCUGCUGGUGCUGGCCUCUCUGACCAUCUGCCGGACCGACACCGCGCUCAAAAGCUCGAGACCUCGGACUCUGUGGAAGAAGUUCCUGAUCAGUUUCUCUCUGGCGGUGCUGCUCGGGGUCUCCUGGUCUCUGGGGUAUUUGGUGCUGGUCACCUCAGGAAACACUAACCUGGUGUUCAGCGUGCUGUUCUGUGUCUGCACCACCACACAGGGGUUUCAGAUCUUCGUCCUCUUCACCGCCCGGACGCCUUCCUUCAGAGCCGUCUUGUCUCGCUCUCUUCAGUUCGUCUCGUCCGUCAACAUCCAGCUCAAAGAGACCAAGUACCGGCUGCAGAGGACCUGGGGGACGUCCAGCAUCGAGUCCUACCGGGACAUCAGCCUGUGACCUGAAACACAAAACAACCGGUAUCAUAACCCCAAAAACGAAGAAGACGAGUCGGGCUGAUGAGACCCGACGUGAGGACAGAGUAUUAUUACAUUAAAUUACAUUUAGCUGAGGCUUUUAUGUAAAGCGACUU